UUCUCCAGUAAGAAGCGAGGCAGCAGCCGAGGAAAAGCAUCUAAUUUACCUGUGUUUAAGAAUAUAUGGAAGAGUUUAUCCAGGACUGAUCCCUACGGAGAAAUUUAAAGUGGAUACAAUUCCUAUGAGGAUAGCUUUAAAAGGGGGAAAUAAGUUCUUCAUUUCGUAAGAAUAACCUACUACCUACCUGAAAUAAGAGGCAGAUCGUGAUUUGAGAGCCGUGAUGAAUGUGACCGCCACAGAGCAUGGAGAGGCGCAUGCGCCUAUCCUCCAGGGGCUAUGGGAGUCAGUGAGAUCAGGGCAGGAGGACAUCCUGCUGUCCCCUUACCUGCCUGCGUCCUACGCCUUCUUGACCCACGUCCUGCUCUGCGCACCUUUCCUCGCGCUGGACGCGCUGGGGAGCGUCUGUCGGCGGGUCCGCUCGUGGAGGAUCGCUGCAGAAUCGGGUCCGCCGCCGUCUCUCCGCCGCUGGUUUGACUGUUUUUGGAGGCUGCUGUACAGAUACCUGACUGCCGUCCUCCCGGCCACCGCGCUGUUUCACACGCUGAGGAGCCCCGCGUUACCGCAGCUGGCUCCAUCCUGCUGGCAGCUCUUUGUGGAAAUCUUCUCGUGUUUGCUGCUUUUUGACACGCUCUUCUUUAUAUGGCACGUCUCCAUGCACAGGGUUACCUGGCUCUACCGUAACGCCCACCAGCUGCACCACCAGCACCACACACCCUUCGCUCUGGCCGCUCAGGACAGCGGCUCUCUGGAGCUGCUGUCUCUGCUGCUGCUGGCUCUGAGCAGCGCCUGGGCGGUGGGCUGCCACCCUCUGAGCGAAGCCGUCUUCCACCUCGUCAACAGCUGGCUGGCGGUGGAGGACCACUGUGGCUACGAACUGCCCUGGGCUCUGCACAGACUGCUGCCCUGUCUGGGAGGAGCCCCCUACCACCAAGUCCACCAUACUCUCCACAGUGUCAACUACGCCCCCUACUUCAUCCACUGGGACGUCCUCUUUGGCACAUACCGUGCACCAGAGAAGUAUUCUCGUCCAAAGUGACAAAACUGUUGCUUAUAUAAAAACUGAGGAUUGCUCAAGUUCCAGCAAAGCUGCCAAGAUGCACUGAAGGAUAAGUUCUGCAGAUUUUGGUCAUUCCUGAUCAUCCUGUUUCAUGUUGCAAAAGGGAGAUGUUAUCCUACGGUUUACAGCAAACCAACCACGCCUAUUUCAGUCACACAUCCUACAAUGCCAAGACAUUUUCAGAGUUGUGAUCACAAAAUGCUAUUUCUAAUAAAAAAUGAUUGAAAUCUGUAUAACUGAGUUCAUGGACAAACAUCCUGUUCAGGUGCAGUAUUUACAAUGUGAAACGUUCAUAUCUACAACUGUUCUCCAUCAAGUGAAUGCAGCACGAGAUGAGCAGAGAUUACGAUAAAUCAAGACAUUGAAACAAUGAACAAAUGCCUGAGCUAAUAUGCAACUGAUGUGCACUCGUGACAUGGGAGAGUUUUUGGAUACAUUUAUCUUACGAUUCAGCCGAACACUUGGAUGAAACGAGUAUCCCGAAGGAUAAUGUACUUUUAGUGAGCAUGAGUAUCAUACCAUUAAAAUGUGCUACUUAAUCUCAUGUAAUUCUUCACGUAUUGCUUGGAUUUUGUUUAUAUUUGCACCAAUGCACCCUGACAUCUAUAUAUCGUGCAUUUAUUAUACAACUAAAGCAAGUUCAAUGUGAUGUUUAGGAUGUCUGUCAUUGAUAGAGGUGUUUAAAAUUCAAAAAUGUAUCUAAACAACUCUUGCAUAUCGGAUUAUGUAAAAGUUAGAAAAGAAGUACUAUCAAGUAAAU